GAUCGCCAUCUUGGACGGAAGAACUCAAAUCUGCCUUUGAUUUUAGCCUUCUUUUCUGUCACAGAUCAUGUCAGACAGCGACGAUUCUCAAUAUUCUGAUGAGGUAAUGGUCCAUCUAUUCGACAGUUUUCUGUUUUGAUUUAUCUGUUUGCGAGUGCUUGGCAAUUUGAAAUAGUAUUUAACAGCUGUGUUUUGCUCGCCGGCGCGCGUGCAAACCAAUUAUUAUCAUUUAUGUUUUGUUUUAUAGCCUUGUUUUACUAACAGUUUGAACUUGGUGCAAUGCAUGGCACGUUUAAUGCACAGUUUAAGGUCAAUUUUGAGAAAUGAAAUAUUCUCGGUGGUCCGCGAUAGUCAGUCAUUUAAUUUAACUUCGACCCAGAUAGCCGCUAUAUAUCAUCCUCUUUAUUUUCAAAGCCACUCUACUCGAACGACUGGUUACUGAGCCAUGCAUAUAAGAGCAGAUUCAUACCCUCUCCCAUUGUUUGUUCCUGUCCCUGUGUAAGUGAAGCCAGUGAGUACCAUAACUACUGAAGAAGAUUGUGACACCAUCUCAGUAUGUAAAAAAUUAAAAUUGAAAAGCUCUCAUCUUCAUAGUGAAAGCUUCAGGACAAAUUGAGAUAAAUCUAUUGAAAAGAACGAGUGGUCAGUGUGGCAAACUCUUUAUCUGGCAGUCCUAGGUUUGAGUCCCAUCUGGCUGCUUGCUGGAUUUGUUCAACAGCCCACCCACACUUUUAAAUAGCCAACUGGUUGGCUCCUGCCAUGUGGGGUUUUUAAUCCUGUUACCUUCUGUUUGCAUUAUUUGUUUCAAAUUAUGUAAGUGGUGUGCCUGUAAACUAGCUGGGUUAGCUAGCUACAUGCCACUUGAGAUCAUUUUCAGGGAAAAAGACGUACUUCUAGCUUAGUUAUUUGCGACCCAAAGUCUUGGUUUUAUCCCAGUAAGAAUCAAGGACAACUUGAACCUUUGACCUCCUGGUGCCAGUUGUUGAAAUGGUGGAUAGCACUAUCCACUGGGUAAAUCACUAUCCACUGGAUAGUGCAAUUGGUUUCCCUAAUACUUAUCCAAUGGAUAGCGCUAUCCAUCUUUUGAACAACUGGGGCUAGCCCUGCAAACCAGUCCUCCUUCAUAUUUAAUCAUCCUGCUGCAGUUGGUAGGUAUUGGUUGAUGUUUCUUUUUUCCACUCUAGCCUAGGAUAUUCAGGGUUUGCAAAUUUUAUUGAUGAGUGGAGUCAGUGUGACUUCUGCUUCACAAAUUUUGGAGUCAUUUUAGAAUAUUUUGGAGUCAAGUAUCACAACCAAAAAGAGCCAUUUUCAGACUUUCCAGCAUGUGGUCCUGGCAUGUAUACACUAUCGUGAGGGGUACACAAAGUAGUUGUGGUGGUCCAUAACUUCAGGGAAAGUCAUCUGAACAAUUUUGGCGUAAAAUACACCAAAUUUGGCGUAUUUGCGAACCCUGAUAUUAUCACAGAUGAUUUUAUAGUGAUAGAUUCAAGUUGUACAGGCCCACAUUUAAGAUGAACCCUAUCUGUUAGCACUGAACUUUAAUGGCAGUCAUUGAGUAACUUUGAUCGUAAUUUACCCUCUUCCUGUUUUGUCGUGCAGUAUAAUUCUUUAAUUUAUGUAUAACUUUUUCUUUGGAUUUUAUUACAUGUAGAUCCAUCCCCUUUCAGUUGAGGUCAUAGUGUUACCAGGGUACAAAUUUCAGUUACAUCAAGAAAUGUUUUUUUGCUAAAAUAAGUUUAGUUAAUACUGUAUAUGUUACAGGUCAAAAUUAAACUCAGGUUAUUUUUUUUAAACCUAGGUUGAUUCUCCAUUUCCUUUGUCUCCUAGCCCUGAUUAUUCAUGAAUUAAGGCUAGGAAAAUUGAGAAAAUAGAGAAUCAACCUAGGUUAAAAAAUUUUAACCUGAAUUAAAUUUUGACUUGUAACAUAUACACAUCACAACAUUUACAUAUUUAGGAAGGUGAGGAUAUCACCAGAGAAGAAGAUGAUGAGGAUGAAGAGGAUGAAGAAGAUGAUGAUGACUAUGAUGAGGAUAAUGAUUUUGAGGAUGACAGGCAAAGAAAGAAGAGAAGGCGGCAUACUGGUUUUAUCUUAGAGGAAGCAGGUCUGUGUUCUGUGAUCCUCACAAAAAGGAUUUUUUGGGACAAUAAAUAAUUAUAUUUUCAAAACCUCUUCGUGAACACUACCCAGUUAGCCAGAGAUUCAAACUCCGUUCAGAAGAAUGGAUGAUGGCUGGUCUGAGGUGGGAGAUCAUUGGUAAAAAUCUGUCUCAGACGAUACAUGUUUUGAAUAUGUAAAAAAACCCCAGCUGGAGGGACACUCAGGGUCUUUGGGAUUCAUUGGUUCAAACCCCAGCUGGAGGGACACUCAGGGUCUUUAUUAAGGCAGGGGAUUAUAGCGUAUGCUGCCUUUUUUUGACAUCUGCAAAGUGUUAGACCUUGUUUUCAGUUUUAGUCCUUUUGGAUAUGGACAGAAACCUGUAGGUCCAGUCCAACUCCAUGGAUGACAAUAAGAGCCAGCUACCAGCCAAUUUCACCAGCUGAGAAAGACCCUGCUACGGGCUCAAAUUGUUGUGGGAAACAAAGUCAUGGGGUAAUUUGGAAGGUGCAAUUAAUUGAAAAAGCUGGUUUGACUAAUAAAAAAGCCUGCUUACAGUAGCUUUUCCUUAGCUACAUCCCUGCCAGUCUCAAAGCUCUUUUACUGUUUUGAUUCUUUUGGGAUGUCAGAGACACCACACUGCUGUUGGUAAAGAGUAGGAGAUGUAGAUCACAAUAGUGUGGUCAAUCUCACUGGAUUUUGUGUGUCUUCAUGUGUUUGUAUUGCUGUAGCUGGUCCACGAUCAGCUUUUAAGCUGCUUUACAUUACAUAAUCUGCUUUGUGAAGAAAAAUAAUGAUGAUCCCUUGUCCAGUGCAAUAAGAGGAUUAUCAAUGAUUUUCUUCUGAUGUUCAUUUUUUUUUGUUUGAAGAUGUUGAUGAUGAUUAUGAUGAUGCUGAUGAUCAAGAGGAAGACGGAUAUGGAGAUAUAUAUGGUUCAGGUGUAGUAAAGACAGAUACACUUGACUCCUGAUAACUCCAACCUUCAAGGGAAACUGAAAAAAGUUCGAGCUAUCGGGAGUUCAAGUUAUUGGCAGUUUGAAGCAAAUAACCGGAAGUAGGGAAAUAAGUAAAUGGAUGGGAAGGAAUGCAAUUAAGCAACAAAAUAUACAGGGAUGGACACUGAAUUUGAACUGGAGUGACAAAAUAGUAAAGACAAAGAAUUGACUCGGUUGUUUUGAAAUAAAUUCAAUGUUUCGGACUUCAGUACACGGCUUUUUUCCCGACUUGUCAUGCGCUUUUAACAUGGUUCAAGUUAUCGAGGGUAAAAUUGUAUAGAAAUGAUCUGAAGGGAAACAAAACUUACUUCAAGUUAGCAGGAGGUUUGAGUUAUUGAGGAUUCGAGUUACUGAGGGUAAAAAAUUACAGUAAACGUAAGAAGGAAAUCCAGGGGAAAUUGACUUUGGUUCGAGUUACCGCAAGGUUUGAGUUUGCGAGGUUUUGAGUUAUUGGGAGUCAACUGUAUUCUAAAUAGGAAUUCUGACCUGUUGGACUAGCCAACUUUUAAAACCCUAAUCCUCACAUUACAGCAGAAUUUAAUUAUAGUACAACUGUAUCAGAGACAGAUUAUCUGUCUGGUUGUUUAAUAAUUUAUGUUACAGGUCAAGUUUGAUUGUGAACAGGUUAAUUUUGAUUUAACCUACCCAGUAGGUUGAUUCUCAAUUCUCUUUCUCUCCAAUCCCUAGCGGACAAAGGAAAUUACAUGUAAGAGUCUACCUAGGUUAAAAAAUUUUAACCUGAAAUCCAAUUUGACCUGUAAGAUUUAUAUGGGUGAUGAUUUUAGUUUCCAAGACAGGGACUAUAGUGUAGGCGGAAAAAAGGAUCAAAAUGAAAGUGUGGUGCAUGAAGCCCUUUCUAGGAAUAUAUCAAGGGAAAUGGAAAUACUACAUACAUAAAAAAAUGGAAAUGUUGUAGAUGCUCAGUAAGAUUGUAAGCAUUCAACAAUUUAAAUUUUAAGAAGUUGCACUUUAAAUUGAAGCAUUUAUGAAGUGUUUAGUUUGCUGUCUACCAAAUCUCCAUGUCAUUUUCUUGUUUGUAGUGGACAAAGAUGAUGAACCAAUUGGGGAUGACAUAUCGGUAAGAAAAAUGCUUUAUUUGUAGCAUUGAGUGUGUCACUGCUGUAGACAAGACAUGUAUACAUUAUCUUGUAGAGUUCAUGUUUGAAUAUUGGUUAAUAAUAAAACUCCAUCUCCUAAGUGUGUCGUUUUUUACUUGGUUUGUUUUUUUCCAGUCAGUUAAGUUCAAUAUGGUUACAUGUAAUUGACAGUCAUCAGGGACGCUUUUCUUUUAGGCAAAAUUUCCUGUUCGACCAGUUUAAAUGCAAAUGGAAUGUCUGGUUCGACUGGAAACUUUCCUGAACAUCACUGUUUUUCUUUUCAUUUCUUAUUGAAUCAUUCAAAAGGGCAUCAGCAUCUGUAGACUCAAAAUAGUUUUGAACUCUGUUAAAAAAACUGCUGCUAUUGCCACAAAGUCAAAAUUAAUUUCGCUUUUGGAUGAAGUUUCAAUUUCUUUGUUUAAGUUGUCGCAAAUUAUCGGCAGUGCUAUAACAGACAUCUUGUUGGAUUUUUGGUUCAAGUGAGCAAUGAGAUUGCAAAUGAGACCCUACGACUGGAAAGUCUUUCCAUUUGACUCUGAAUGUUUCUGAAAUUUUGCCGAAAUGGAAAGCACCCGAGGAGUCAAUGAUUGAAACGACUUUUUUUGCAUGUUAUUUUUUGUAGGAUGCUAGACGCUUUCAGCAGAUGCUUGGGUAUGUACUGCUCAUUGGAAACCUGAUUGUUUUUGUACUCUUUAGAAAAUGAGUAGGAGUGACAUAUUAUCGGGUUUAAAAACUCUCAGCUUUGCCUUUAGUUUUUCACCUGAUAAUACAAGGUUGCGAGUAUUUUGAAUGGCUUAAAAAUCUCUGAUACAGAUCGACUCAUUCAUGCACUAAUAUUUAGAUUUGGGGUUCUUUUUGUCUAAAAAAUUGGAUGUUAAGUUUAGCCAUGUCUUUAUAAGAUAUAAAGACACUCAUUACAGUCAAACCAGGUCAAGCAUAGCCCCCAAGAAUUCAUUAAUGAAUUUAUUAUUCGAAAGUUGACUCCGUCGGUAGUUGUAGAUUUCAGAUUGAUCCCUACAUUCUUGCAUGCAUAAUGAACCCUGAAUUCACACGCGAGGCAGUUCUGAAGUUUCUACUAGCUCCAUUUUCCUGAAUUUGAUGUAAAUGUCUUCUAAGAAACUUAAUCCAUUCAAAGAUUUUCAAUCUGACCAAAUACAGAGAAGUUCUGGUAAAAUAUUCACUGCUCAUUACGCAUGCAGAAAUGCCACUUUGAAUUUGACACCAGUUACGGGAACGACUAACCGAUUCAUUUUUCUAAUAAUCAGUUUAUUAAUAGAAUCUUGAGGGGUAUGCUUGACCUGCCUUGACUGUAAACAUUAAUUUCUUUUGUUUUUUCCUUUUGAAUAUUUUGAAAUUUCUUUAUGUCCUAUGAAAAACAACUGUACACUUUGAAUUGCCAAGACCAUUUGUAUUAUACUCUCCAAAUUAUGUUUAUGGACUUGCCAUAAUGUGUCUUAAUUCAAGUAGCAUUAGUUUUUACAAUGUUAACAAACAUGAAUGAUACUAAAAAUAUGUUGUUUAUAGAGAUAAAAAUGCUGAGGAACUGGAGGCUUACUACAAGCAAAAGUUUGCCGAGUCGUCAGAAAGGUUAGUGGUUUAAGCUUAUUCCCUUUGUUGUCAUGUGGCAAACAUCCAGAAAUUUUACUAUACAGGGCAAUGAUCACUUCUGAAAUGUCAGGGCUGCCUGGCCAAAGAAAGGCUGAUCAGUAUAGUAAAAUAAGUUAAGGUGCAGUGUACACUAACAGUUGUAUUACUGUAAGUAAACAUCAAGAAAUGAUACAGUGUAUUUACUGCUGACAGAGUUAACUCUAUCUACCGGUAAUCAAUGCACUACAGUGGUACAUGAACAUGCCUUGAGUGUCCAUAGAUACUGGUGAACUUUCAGGAAAAUACAUGUACCAUCAAACACUGAAAGAAGGCCAGGGACUUUUGUUUUGUGAUUUUCUUUUAAUCAAGUAUAGUCAAACCCUGCCUAAUCAAACAGCUCAUUAUUACCAACAGUUUGCUUUGUCCCUGGCGAAAGAAAGCCCUCACAGUUUCUCUAAAUUCAAACCACUUAUUAUGGACACCCCUUUAAUACGGACACUCUAUGCCCUCCUCCGUGUGCUUAUUAAAGGUAUUUGACAGUAUUCUAUCUGAAUUGUGCCGUGAGUAGUUUGGGCAAAUGGGUGCAGGGAUGAUACAUGGACUGUAGUGGGAACAAAGUGCCCCUUUAUUUGCUGACAUCCUUUCCCACCUCUCCGAUCAUCUGUAAUUCAGUCACACACUCGCUUAGAUACAUCUGUAGAGGACAAAUAAUGUUACCACUUAUUUUAACAUUUAUCAAUAUUUUCUUGAUUCUUUGGCUGACUAUUGCUUCAUUGAACAGGUAUAGAGAUGACUAUGAACUUCGACCAGAGAUUCAGCAGCAGAGUCUUUUACCUGGUGUCAAGUAAGCAAUUUUAUUUUUGUUGUUUUUACUUCUUUGUAUCCGCACUCGUCCAAUUGAGUAUUAUUGAGUUAUGAAAUAUUUUCAUAUUGUCAAGCUCCUUUAGAUAUAUAUUUUUUUACAUGUAGUACGUGUAAGCUCCUCAUGUCAACAAUGGUGUCAAUGUCCUCACAUCUUAAUGUAAUAUCUACAUGUAUGCUGUGGCACUGAGUUGCACCUGCAUCUUUUUUAUCCCCACAGAGAUCCAAACCUAUGGACAGUGAAAUGCAAGGUAAAAACUAAAGAUACAUCACAUACAAAUCAUUAGUGAAGAAUUAGAGAUUUGGAAUAGAACAGAAGAAAGUGGCCGUUUUGGAAAGGUGGCCGUUAUGGGGAGGUAGCGGGGUAAUAUAACAAUUUCUUUAGGGAGUACAACAUGUUUAUUGUGCUAAGUUCAUGCUUACUUUAUCUCAUAGCAGUAAUCCAAUCAUAUAUAAUAAUUUAUUAUAUAGAGAUAAAAAAAUGCAAAAAAACUUGAAUAAUGUUUGAAAUCAAAAUGUUAAUGUGACAAAACGAGCAAGUUUCACAACAUUUUCCAUAAGUAUGGCAGACGAUAUAUGCUUACGGUAGAUGUAUAGAUGAAACACAAUCAAAACAUCAUUGCCACGAUUAAUCAUCAAUGUGCUACAUGGAUAAAAUUUCAUGACCAUUCUUGAUUUUUUCAUCGGAUGCUGAAAAAACUUGCUGUUGUCAAGAGGUUAUUUUGGCAGAUGGGGACAUGCUAAUAAUUGAUGACCAUUGCCAUUGUAGAGAGGUUUUAACAAGAGUAAAUGUAUGGAUUGUCCUCCGGGACAAAAUAAAGUGGCCACUGUGGAGAGGCGGCUGUUAGUGGAGGUUUAACUGUAAUCACUUUUGAAAUCACAUUUGCCUAUUCUGUACAUUUUCGUAUUAAUGUGUAGAUUGGAGAGGAAAAGGCUACGGUGAUUGGCCUGAUGAGGAAAGCUAUUGCCCAGCAGUUUACUGAUGAAGUAAGUACACAACUUUGUAUAUGUAUUAUCAUCACAUUACACAUGUUGUAUUACUGGAUAAGUGAAGUCAGAUUUGGUCUUCUGAACCUAUCCAAGAGAAAAAAAUAAUAAUAAAGCAAUGCAGAAGAAUGAAAGGAUGAAUUUUUGAUGAAUUGAGACAGACAUCAAACUUUUCGUAAACUUAAUCCACCCAGUUUAAUUCAUCUCAUGAAAAGUUUGAUGUUUAGCCGUGGCCUAAGAUUUAUUUAUGGUCUUGUUUUCAGCCUUUACAGAUCAAGUCCGCUGUGGCUGUAGAAGGCCUUAAAGGAUACAUCUACAUUGAAGCAUACAAACAAACUCAUGUCAAACAGGUGUCAACAGCAUGAUAACAAUGUAACUUCACUGUAGUUUAGUGUCUUUGUGUACAUGUACCAUGCAAAAAACAAACAGAUGGAUUGUUGAUUUUUUAAAUGAAUUUCAGUUAUGACAUUUUCAAGCGGUUGUGAUAAUUAUGCAGUGGUAAAUUUAUUGAAUUAGUUUUGCUUAUUAUUUAUACAUAUUAUCCUAACUUGGAAGUGCAAUUUGUGUCACUGUCACAGAGACAGAAUCACUUAUUUUCUGAAAUUGCAAGAAAUUCUUGUAGUUUUGAGCAUGUUAUUGUCUUUGCUAAUCCUCUUUUCUUAUAAAACUUACCUAAUUUUAAUAUUAACAAAAUCCUGAAGGAAGUUUCAGAUAUUCCUCCAUUUUCAUUUGCAUUUGGUCACACCAACUUGCAGCCGUUGGGGUUUGUCAAUGCUGUUGUUUCAAGAUUAGAUCUAAAAGGUCAUUGUUUUAUUAGUAUUCUUAAGUAACCUGUUACAACUUAGGAAUUCUGGAAUAUAGCUGUGGCAGCACUUUUUAUGUGUAUGCCGUGAGAUUUACUCACAUACUGUAUGGCCCCAAUUUAUUGUGUUUCAAUAGGCCAUUGAAGGUUUUGGUACUCUGCGACUUGGAAAAUGGUCACAGAUGAUGGUGCCAAUCAGAGAAAUGACAGAUGUUAUGAAAGUUGUAAAAGAGGUGGUGUCUGUUAAGCCUAGACAGUGGGUCAGGUUAAAACGUGGGAUUUACAAGGAUGACCUUGCACAGGUAAUGCCAUAAUUGCCACCAUUUCAGGGAUCAAAAAAAAGUUCCGUGUGGUAGUCCAGGAAAAGUAGAUUUUCUUGCUGGGCAAGUAUUCUUUCAAAGCUUUUGAAGCUUUCUUGCCCCAUGGGCAAGGGCUCAGGCAAGUCAUCAUCUAACAAAACCAUCAACUAAGAAGAGCAAGAACUUGUCCUGGGCAAGCAAAAUGAGAGAACUGCUUGCCCAAAGGACAAGCCAGAAUUCAAGUUUUUUCUACCCUUGCACUAACUAAAUGUACACUUUAGGUUAGUUACAUAACUGUAUUGGUAUAGAUAAUCUUGUCAGGAUAGGAAAGUCCUCAUAUUACUAAAAGGCAUUUAGUUCCAGCUGGUUCCUCUGUUAUAAAAUAGUAUUGUUAAUGAUUUUCUCAGCUUAGCUUACAUUUUUCUCUGUUACAAUUCUCCACAGGUGGAUUUUGUCAACACUGCAAGAAAUCAAGUAAGCCAGAGAAAUAUUUAUAUUCCUGCAGAAAUGUCAUUACUUUGUGGACAGAAGUUUUUGGUAGACCUCGCUUUCCAACACAUCUUUCCUAAAGAUAUACUGUAUUGUUUCUGAAGUUAUGAAUGUAUGAAAAUCAUAUAAUUAUGAGAACUGUGGGGUGAAGAAUUUUAUGAAAGAAGAUAAUUGUACUGUUUCUUUUAUCAAGUUUUUAAUCCUGUAAUGUUGCUUGAAGAAAAACAAAAAUGUCUGCAAACCUUUCUUACAGUUUUGGGCAACUCAUUUUACUAAUAAUAUAAUUUUAUAUGAAAAAAUGUUUCAGACAUGCACAUACAUAAUUAUACUGUUACAGGUUGAAAUUACCAUAAAAUUCCGAAAAUAAGGCCAGGGCUCAGCCUUUGAUAUGGAAAUGAUUUUUCAUUCUCAUGCAAAUAAAACUCAUUUUCACAAGAAAGGUUGUGCACUUUGCCUUAUUUUGAAAGUGAGGGUUUUCGGAACUCGGAAGUGGCUUAUUCUCAAUUUUCUUUGUCUCCUAGCCCUGAUUCUGGAAUAAUUAGGGUUAGGAGACAAAGCCGUUUACAUUUUGAUACUCAUGCUAACAAGUACAGAUGCUUGUAUUAAAUGCCAAAAAGGGUAGUUGAAGUCUUAAAAUUAUGUGGAUAUGGAGCUCAGUAUGGAAAAAAUAAAUUUUCAGUUAGGAUAAUGAUUAUUCUUGUACUAUAUAUAGGUGACACUAAAGAUGAUUCCCAGGAUUGAUUACAGUAGAAGUAGAGGCCUAGCUAAGUCUGCUGAGGUACAUACAUUUAAUGCUUUUUGUGGAUCUUAAAAUGAGUCAAUCAUUAAAUAAGACUACAGUUAACUCUCUCUAAAAUGGACUUGGGGACUCAAACUCAAACUCAAACUCAAACUCAAUCAAAAGACUAGAGAACUGCAUCGGUCAUCUCUAGGUGUCCAUUUUAUGGAGGUUGCUUUCUUAUAAAGUCAUUGACUGUAUUCCUUUGAAUGUUUUGUAUACUUUUAGCUCCUGGCUGUUGCUGACAUUAGCUUGCAAAAUUGUUGGUUUAAAUGGUUUGUGAAUAGGCUGGACCAGAUUCAGCAAGCGAUAAAGUUGUAGUUUGUUAAUGUUUGUUAUUUGUGUUUUGGAUGCAUAUGAGGUUUCUAUGGUGUUAUCAGGUGUCAUAUCAUUGAACAGAGUAUUGAUGAAACGUGAUUUGUGGUUGGUAAAUUUGUAGGAUUCUCUGGAGAAGAGGAAAAGGAAAAGGAAGCCGCCCCAAAAACUGUUUGAUGCUGAUGCCAUCAGGUACUAGAUCUUUUUUUCUGCCUUCACAUUGUUUUAGCUAGUGAAUUUGAAGUGAAAUAAAGUCAUUGUUAAGUGAGUUCCAUGGUGUCAUCAUAACAUUUUAGAGGCCUUUUUAGGGCAAAAUUCUGACAAGUGAGAUAUGGUUGAAUCAGCUACAUAGGAUUCCUCAAUAUACAAAACGACAGGUUUUGAAAUUCAGACUAGGGACAUAUGCAACCCUGCUAAGAGGGUCUCAUUGUCUUAUUUCGAUCUCUUGCUGCGUUCAGUCCAUUCAACAGAUGGACAUCCGUAACUUAAUUCUUAACUGCAUGUUCCAUAGCACCAAUGCAGCUGCAGCUUCUAAGGCUUGAAGUUGUUUUUGUAUGCGACGGCUCAUUCUGGCCGAUGAUUUAUUGUUGUAAUACACAGAGCAAUUGGAGGAGAGAUAGGACAGGAUGGUGAUUUCAUGAUCUUUGAAGGCAGUCGUUAUCGAGGUGGCUUCAUGUACAAGACACUAGCCAUGUCUGCAAUAGUAAGCUUUUGUACUGGUUGCCCUUAAACGGUGGCUCACUUGCAGAGGUGAUCUCUAAUGGAGCCCAUGAUACUAUGAUGACUUCCCCUUGCUUUUUGGCGUCUUUUGCACUAAACCAUUAUGUCAGGCAUAGAAAAUUCACAGGCGUAGAGCCUUUGCAGUCACUAGGAUUUGUCUCAGAGCUAAACGUUGAUUUAUGAAAAGAUGAGGUCAAUCAGAUAGGUCUUAAAACAAAAAAAUUUAGUUCAUUUAAAAAGGUUAGUAGGUUUCUGUACUACUGCUAAUUUGAAUGUUUCCCUUGAGUUUGAAUAUUUGGAAACCAGCGGGUAUUUCCCGUUAGCCCUUAGCAGAAGCAUAUAACCCUGAACUUUAGUGAAUUAUGAAGAGUUAAAAUUAAGGUGUACAGAACGAUGUUUUAUUUAGAAAAAAGAAGAGAGUUAUAGCCACAGUAGAUGCGUUGAACACAUUUUUACUUGACUCUUAAGAGUUUUCUAUGAUUGUAAUACAAGCAUACUUCAUAUUUGUGUAUCAGGUGGUUGAAGGUAUUAAGCCAACCCUGCUGGAGCUUCAGAAAUUUGAGACAGCACCCGAGGAUGUUGAACUAGAAGGUAUGGAUUACCAUAGGUUGUUUUUUGUCAUUGCAUUCCAAAUGAGAAAACCCUGAAAGUAGCCAUUAAUCUAUACCACUGGAAUUUUUAGCAUCAUGGAAUGGUAUUUAAACUUAAAAAUUGUACAGUUUUAAGUUAACCAAGGGUGCCAAUGAAGUGAUUUCUUGAGUUAAAAUUAUUCCAGAAUGUAUGAAUGUCUUCUUCUCUCUUACAUGGUGAGCAUAUGUGACGUAAAAAACGCUCACCUUCAUUCAUCUUUUUUCAGUUUCAAUGCAAUUCACUUGAAAAUUUUCAACAAUUUAGAACACACCAUUCCCUAAAAUCGUAUGUUUUUUUUGGUUUUCAGAUUUUGGCAUUUGGCGGGUAAAUGAGGUCACAAAGUUCCCGCCAAAUUUUGUUUUUAGUAUUAUAGGAUAUCUAAUGAUGGUUUCUGAAAGAACUCAUCACAAGGAUGUCAAAAGUGAAAAUUUUUUUUUGAAAUUUGUCUAUCUACACAAAAGAAAUAGUGUUUUGAAAGUUCAAUUUUCCUCCAUUUUGUUACUAAAAAUAGUACAAGAUGGCGGGAAAUUCAAGAGCAAGGCAUAUAGCUUGAUAGAGUGAUCCUAAAUCAUGUUGGCUGAAUUUCCACGUAAAUCCUUUUUUUAGUUCCCGUAAAAAGUUUGAAGGAGGGACUAGAUGAAGAAAGACACAAUUUUGCAACUGGAGAUGUUGUAGAAGUUGCAGAAGGAGAUCUGGCAAAUUUGAAAGGAACGGUGCUUAGUAUUGACGGAAACAAAAUCACCAUCAUGCCAAAACAUGAAGACUUAAAGGUUAGCUAAGUAUUCAUCUGUAAAUUGUUGUGUAAAUUAUUAUAUUAAUGUGUUUUUCUGGGUAUAUUUUUCCUUAAUUAAAUUUGUAACUGAGGUUUAGAAAUUAUCAGAGUAGUUGUUGACAGGAAGUAGUAAAACCAAGAGUUGACAAAACGUACCAGGGCAAAGAAGGUGACCUUGGCUGAGUAGACUACUUGCAUGUAUAAACUGAAAUGAUACAUUCUGUCUUAUUAUCUAAGGAGUUUAAGUUGGAGUUUUGACAUCAUUUUCUGUUACAGGAUCCUUUAGAGUUUAUGGCAAAUGAGCUUCAGAAGCAUUUUAAGAUGGGCGAUCAUGUCAAGGUUAUUGGGGGUCGUUAUGAAGGUGACACAGGGCUGAUUGUUCGAGUUGAAGAUAAUAUGGUGGUGCUGUUUGCAGAUUUAACCAUGCAUGAGGUAGGGAAAUAGUUCAAGCAAAUGUUUUAUUAUUUGUUUUUUUUUUUGGUUGCUCAAGACAGGCAUGUUUUAAGGCUUGGUUAUUAGCAACUGUACAGGAAAUGACCCACCAAUUGCCCACCUCUUAUUACAAAGGAAUUUUGGAUCCACGUGAGCAGCAGAAAUCGAGCCAUUCUUUAUGUUCCCUAAAGGAAAGAAGCUUUCUGUUCAGAUCUUUGUCCUUGAUGUUCUGUUAACUUGCUUGGGAGCCAUGAUGGCCAUUUAGGAACCAUCAUGCCAGGUUAGGUAUUCAUGGCGGUUAUGUGCACAGGGUAAACGUUCCUGCCCUGCAUGUACAUGUAUUUCAACUUCAGUUUUAGUUGGACAGUUAUUCCAGAUGUAUCAUUUCUUCUGAUGACUCUGCACAGUUGAUAGAAAACCAUGAUAAUAGCUUUUACUUUACUGUGUUGCAGCUCAAGGUUUUGCCCAAAGAUCUUCAGUUAUGUACAGAGAGGAGCAGUGGAGUGGACUCCAUGGGACAACAUCAGUGGGGGGAUAUGGUGCAGCUAGAGUAAGCUAAUACCUACUGACACUCUUUUGUUGUUGAAUUUCAUGCCUAUCUGUUCCAGGUUCCUUGUAAACUUUGCAUGCAAUAAUUUCGUGGGGGGUCUCUUAGCAUUUGUAAUUCACAGAUUUACGGGUCUAGCCAUAAAGAGAGUAUAACUGGAGAAGUGUGUCAAGUCUUUGCUUGUUUGUUGUUUCCAGUCCACAGACUGUUGGAGUUAUCAUUCGUUUGGACAGAGACAUGUUCUCAGUAUUGAAUCAACAUGGAAAGGUAAGUUCUGAAUUGCCUUGAUACUGCCUAAGUACAAUACUAUCAAAAAAAGUACCCCAGAAUACUCUCAGCAUGAAAGCUGCUGCCUUCUGCUCUCAGGAGCUUAUUGUUUACGAUCAAUUAAUCCAGUAGGAAAAUCUGAUCUAAAAGUUGCCGAUCAACUGAGUUUGAAUGGAAGUAUGAAAAUUUUUAACUUAGAUCUCUGCAGAACCGCCAAUGAAUAACCACCAUAGGUUGGACUCAGGCUUUUCAAAGGGACAUGACGAAUGUAACUUUCUUCCAUCUUUUUCUAGCCUGCAAACAGCUUCUGAGGGAACUUCGUUCUGAGGGAAGGGGAAACAGUCGUGAACUCUCCCCCUUCUGCCCCCGUCCUAGUUUUCAUGUUCUUUCUUAACUUAUCUUUACCCUAUCUCCCAGUACAGAGCCUGUUCACAGGCUACAUCUUCUCGUUAUCUAUCACCAAAAUCGCUUUGUUUAGCAUAACAAAAACUUAACAAAGUAAAAUGGCUCCUCCCUAACGUUCUUGUGGGGAGAUCAAACAAGAGGGCCGUACUUGUUCACUCUCAUCCCUAAGGCCCUGUCAGUAUGGUCUGAGUAAAAUCUGUUCUCAUUCAACUAGAAUUUCCUUUGUCUCCUUUGAAUAAUUAGGGCUAGAAAAUCCAAGGAAAUUCGUCUGUAGCUUGAUGAAUGGUGGUUUAAAAAGCGGACGGCUUUUACCUAAUACACAUAUUCUUCCUUACAUGAUUGAAAAUGGAUUCGUUUGUCAUCCUAGUCAUUACAAAGACUCAGGGAUAUUAACAGCUCCAGUGGUCAAUAACUCAACUGCUGUACUCUGCAGGAUCAGUUCUGGCGGCCGAGCGCUUGACUGUAGAGCGGGAGGUUGUGGGUUCAUUCCCUGGGGCUAGACUAGAUCAUUCUCUCUUGGGCUAGAUCAAAAAUCAGGGUCUUAAAAAUAACUGAGAAAUGAAGUUACUGCUUUUGCUUUUCAAAAGGCUGGACCUUGGCGUGGGUCUGAUGACCACGUAAAGUGGCGGUCCCGUCUCCGUUUGUUAGCCAGCGUAAAGAAGUCCCCUAUUUUCUUUGGGCGGCAAAGGAAAUAAGAAACAUGUGCUCGCGGGCUACCAGAAGGAGACAUAAAAAUAUUCCCUUAAUUAUUAAUUAGUACUUUCGUGCUAAAUACACUCAAAUAAAUUGCGUCCCUUUUUAGGUCAUUCAAGUCAAACACCAAGCUGUAGGAAGAAGACGAGAGAACAAAAAUGCUGUAGCGUUGGAUUCAGAGCAGGUUACAAAUCUUUGUUUUAACACUUCCACAGCGAUAGAGCUGGCGGUUUGGAAUGAAAUAGCCUGCGAGAGCAUCCGGUUUUUUCGGCUUUGGUUUCACCAGGGAGAGAAGCGACGACCGGAAAUACGUCUGCGGUUCGCAGGCUAGGAAUGAAAUAGCUGACAAAAAUACCAUCUUCACUAUUUUUUAACCCAGCGCCUUUGUAGGACCCGUGUCGAAUGCACGUGUAGAAGAUCUUACCAACCGCUUGUGUAUCAUUAGCUUCCAAGUAUCAUGUGUUUAAAUCAUUGAUCUCAUUACUGGGUUUGGUAGCUUCUUCUGAAUCAUUCACUUUACAGAACUUAUAAGUUGAUUUGCUUAUCAUUCAUCGUUUUUUUUUCCUUUUAGAACUCUGUGCAAGUGAGGGACAUCGUGAAAGUCAUAGAAGGACCACAUGCUGUAUGUACAGUACACUGAUGUAUUACCAUUACUAUUCUUCAACUGACCUUGAAUUUUGCCGACAGUCCUGAAACAACCCUAUCUGUGGAAAGUUGUGGUUUUUGAAUUGCAGGGUUAUGGGCUUUCCUACCCGGUCUUAUAUACUCACCUAAAACAUGACGAUGCGUUCCAUUCUCCCGUUCUUACACUUGUCUUGCGUGUUUUACUUGUAGGGUUUGCAAGGUGAAAUCAAGCAUCUUUAUCGCAGUUUUGCGUUCCUAUCUUCCAAGAUGGUGAUCGAGAACGGUGGAAUGCUUGUGUGUAAGACAAAGCAGCUGGUGCUGGCCGGGGGAGGCAAGGUAAAUAUGAAAGCAAAAUUGUUUCCGUUUUAUUUGAUAUUUCUAGGAAAAUAUUAUUGUGCUGGGACGCAAGUGUUCGAAACGCUGUCAGAAUCACGCCUGAAUUUUUAGGCUUUCUUUUCAGUUAUAAAAGGGUAUAUUCACCGUAAAGAUCACAACCAUGAGUCGAUUAAUUCUUGUCAUGGGACCUUACAUGUAUACGUUAUCGGCGGCCCGUUACGUAUUUAUGUUCAAAGAUAAAACAAGCUUUCUGUUGCAUGAGCUUUUAAGCUGUUUUAUCUUAGGUACUACUUGGUGCUCGAGUACCACUGCUGGGUACCAGCCCAAAUGGUGUUGUGUUAACACCUUGGGGUACCCGACAUUUAACUGCAGUGUACAUAUUUGCUCCAUUUCGCCUUGACGGCCGCCAUUUUCAUACGUGAGCGUAGCAGGAAGUUUUGGGUACGCAAAGCAGUAGAUUGGGCUUCGGAACUAACAGACAAUGUGUGCACCCAAUGACCCGGUACCUACUUUUGUGCCCGAGUUCAAGGUCUCGACCUUGCUGACCUUGUACUUGGGCGCCGCCACCUUGUUCGAAUUCUUUUAAGGUACUUAGUAAGUACCGUACUCACUCAGGCACGUUGCCCAAGCUUUAAGUGUGAACGCUGCCUUAAUCAACAAAGGGUCGGUUAUUUAAACGAAGUUUAACUUAGACCUCAGUUUAGGAAAUCUUUGGACUUCCAGAUCUCUUCUUUAGUGGGUUAUUUUAAGAAGACAAAUGCUUUUCUAGUCUACGCCAUAUGUUUUCACGAAACUGUUCACGAUAAAUGUUGUUGACGUAAACGCGUUUGGCUUAGAACGAAGUUUUGUUCAACACUGGCUAAACUCUGUUUAAAUAACUUGCUCAAAGAGUUUGCUUGUUUGUCGUUUCUUUGUUAGGCGAUAUCAAAUACUUUAGGCAUUAGUGGGUUUGCUCCAGCAUCGCCACGAAUAACAAGUCCUGCUAGAGAAGGAGGUAAGCUUUGGUUGCAGAAGAACGGUGUCCUGUCCAAGAAGACUACUAGUUUCAGUCAAGACCGUGACUCAAACCGUUAUCUCCCGCUAGCUACAACAAAAUUUAACCUUUAUUAUUCUAAUUCAUUAAUCCAAUACAGAAUCAGUACGUUUUUAAAUGAAUGUAAUACACAUCUUGCUAGAUUCCCUACAUGCUAUAUAUCGGUUCCCAUCGGUGGACGCCUUUGGGACUAUGAUACGAGAAGAUUUUUCAUCCAAGAGAGAUAAAAUGUGUUAUUUUCAUGUGGCCCGCGGGACCGUGGCUAGGUAUCUGUCCAUGAGAAAGAGGUUCAACAAACUGCUCCGUCAGAUAUAACUAACUCAUGGUAACUAACUAUUCAAGCGACUCUUCUCUUUAUAGUAACUUACUAAGGGAGAAAUUUCGAGGACACGCGCGCUAACGAGGGGAGAAAAAAGGGAGAGGAGGCCCUCGCCUGUUCCCCUCGUGCGCUAUAUAACAACAACAACAGCAACAACAUAAGCUUUAUUACCAAAUAAAAGUCAACUUAAUUUACAAUACAAUAUAUUAAUAUAAAAAAAGGUAACAUUUACUCAGAAUAACUAAAAAGCUAAUCGAGCUGAGUAAAGCUAAAUAAUGUUCAGGCAUAGGAGGUAGGUUGGCACUAAAGCUAGAACAAACAAGGAAUUAGUAAAUAGAUAAAAGGAAAAAAAUGAAAAAUAAAAAAAUAAAAAGACUCACGAACAGUAAGACUGUAAGAUGUUUGACAUGACUUUGUUUUUAAAGGAUUUAAGGGGGAGGUGUUUAAUGCUUUUAUCAAGGUUAUUUAUAUAAAAACCAGUAAAACAAAACAAAAACAAAAACCUGCCAUGCAGACUAAGUAAAAUGCCAUCUCUUACUCACUUAAAUCCUCUUUGUAACAGCUGGUGGCGGCGCUGGUGGCCGAGGCGCCCCGAGAGGAGGAAUGGGUCGAGGACGGGGUCGUGGCCGUGGCGGUCGUGAUAUGUCACUGAUUUCACAGACUGUGCGUAUCUCACAGGGACCUUAUAAAGGUAACUUACUACUCAAACGUGUCCGAAAGACGCCCAAGCCGCAAAAUGCAUUUUACACCCACUGAUAUUUUAUUCAGCUCUGUCGAAAUAGCUUUUAAGGCAAUGUUUCCUUUUAAAGACUUCGAAUGAAUAGAAGGUGAAAUUACUGAUUUCUAGUCGAGUAACCGUCAUUCGAAGAAGUGAACAAAGGACUCAUCGGGGACAAGUCGCAUAAUUCUUAAAGCCGGAAAUAACACUAACGUCUGGCGUUUAUGAUCCUAGUCAAACUUUUUAGUCUUUCGUCAGACCUUAGCAAAUUAUGCAGUUUGACAUUAAAUUUUAUGCAACGCAUCCCUACCCACCACACUGUCUGCAAUCUUGUAAAAUGAAUAGACCUAAUUGUUCUCUAGUUUUGGCUUUAAUGAGACAAAACUUGUACUUGUACCAGACAUUUACUUACCGAAAGUGAAAGUUAUAACUUGUUUGAUAGUUACGCCAGUGUUCUCCUCCUUUUGUUGAGUCCUGUAUUCAUCUCUAAGAACUGAACAUUACUUAUACAAAAGCAGUUUCUGAAAUCGAUGCCUCCUUAAUUGUUUAGUUCGUUUUUUUAAUUAUGAUCCUUUAACUUAGAUUUAAGUGAUUCACUUAGGAUGUAUUAUUUCAUGAAGUGUUGCUAUCUAAUAUGUUGUGUUGUCAUGUAAUUUAAUAACAGUAAUAAUAAUCAUAAUUCCUCUAUUUAGCCUCGGCAGUAUUUAUAGCGCUAAUGCUAGUGGGACCGAGCAAAUGCCUGAAACAAACAAUUCAAACUGAACUUAACAUGGUUAAGAAUCCCAACUGGCAGGAGGCAACCAGUUGACUAUUUGCAAGCAUGGCCGAGGAUUUGAACUCGGGCCUGACUACCGUGAACAAAUCCAGCUAGCGGUCAGCUGGGCCCAGUUGUUCGAACGUCGGUUAGCGCUAACCCGGGGUUAAAUUUUAACCCGGGAUUCUUUAUCUUUUUAUCAAAAGCACUCAGAUAAUUUUCUCUAAUUUUUUUUAGAGUAUCCAAUCAUCAAAUUGUAGGCAAAGAGAAUCAAACUGAAUUUGCACUGACCCUGGGUUAUCUUAACCCAGCUUCGAACAACCCGGCCCACAGCGGGAUUUGAAUUCGGGGCCUCCGAAUCGCAAGUCCAGCGCUCUAACCUCUCGGCCACGCUGCCUCCUAUAUGUUUUGUUUUAUGGCUUUGUUUCGCUGCUUUGCAUUGCAUUUGACAGAAAACCCAACUUAACCAACAUACUGUUCUCCCUUUCUUUCAGGAUAUGUUGGUAUAGUCAAAGAUGCCACCGAAACUACAGCUCGUGUUGAACUUCACAGUAGCUGUAAAACAAUCUCCGUGGACAGAAUGAGGCUUGCUAUUGUUGGGUAAACUCUUAUGAUAGCUUUUUCUAACCAACAUAGAAUCGUUUUCUCUUAAAACUAAACCAGUUACUUCGGCCUAUUACCACCGGCUUACAUAAAAUAAUGAAAGAAAGAAAUAAAUACUUGAAAACUGCAUCUAAAACGGGAAAUGGAAGGAAAUUGUGUGGAAGGGACUUUGAAUUUUGUUUUGGGUGGAACCGAUCUUGUAGCGUGUUGCUUUCGUUUCUUCUCUCCUUCCCCUAAACAUGUGACUCAUAGACGUUUGUCUUGCCUCAUACUGUGUUCAAGUAGUGCUGUACUGUAUCCUUACAUUGCUGUUUUAUUCCUCAGGGGUCCAUCCAGUCGCGGCAGUUCUGUCUAUACCAAGACUCCCAUGUAUGGUUCUCAGACACCCAUGUAUGGCUCCCAGACCCCUAUGCACGGUUCACGAACGCCCAUGUAUGGCUCCCAGACGCCAACUCAUGGCGAUGGUAAGAUAGCGCAUUGAAUUAAAAACUUAUAUCUUUGUGAAAUCUUCCUCACCAACUUUGUUCUUUUGGCAUGUAGCAGGUAGCAAUAUUGUUCCUUCUCCUACUAGGAUCCCUGACCUUAUUUUGAACGCUUUAAUUUAGCUCUUGCUACGUUUACCAAAGCAGUCGUCUACUCCUUAUUUAUACUAACCUUAGCUAGAAAUUCUUAUCUUUGUGAACUGACUUGACUCGGUUUCCUUGUUUUGCAGGAAGUCGUACCCCUCAUUAUGGCUCAAUGACGCCGUCCCACGAUCCUUCACGCACCCCACUUCACGGAGGAGCCUGGGAUCCAACUCAGCCAAAUACACCAGCACGCAAUGAAGAUUUUGAUUACAACUUUGAUACGUCCACCCCCUCACCAGGGGUAAGUUUUAUUUCUGAUGCAGGUUAAUACACACUCGCUUGGAAAUACACACUACUAUAUGGUUGAUCGUCAAUUCUUUCGAUCCAUAUUCAGUUAAACCUCACGUAAGCGACCACCCAAAAUGCAAAGAGUUAGUGUUCGCUCAAGGGAGGUGGUCGCUUACCGCUAAGAGUCAAACUGCAAGAGGAGAAGUCCGGAUACAUCUAGUUUUUGGAGAGAAUGUAUUACAUGCAAUUUUUAGGUUACAAUACAUGUAAAUCCUUGUUGUUUCUAAAAGUUGUUCUGAUACAAUCAUACGUUCAUACUCUCUGCUACUACAUACAGCGAACAGAAAGAUUAGACCAUUGUAUCAGGUGGUCGCUUAGAGGAGGAUUAAUACAAUGGAAAAUUCUUAAACCGGUCGCUUUCGAGAGGAUGUCGUUUAAGAAAGGUUCCGACCAUAAGGCUUUGAUGGGGAAAAUGUUAGUGUUUUGGAUAAGUGAUCGCUUACGAGAGGUGGUCGCACAUGAAGGUUCAACUAUAUUACACUCAAAUUAUAGCUGGGGUCGGCAGACGCACGACUUCAAUUCAGACGUCGUGCUUUUGCCGUGCUUGUGACGCUUUGAAGUUCCGCACUGCAGAAGCACGACGUGUUAACUGGCGUUAAGGUUCUUGAUUCAAGCCUCGAACUCGAGAGGUAAGACAGCGUUGGAAGUUGCUGUGGACAACCAUAAUCGUUCUCGGGAGAUUUUAUACGUUCAAUUCCCUGUCCUUGUCAUUGCUAGCAGCAGUGCCUUGUGAGAAGCACUCGUCUUUACCGACUGUUGAUGCAAGGACUCUUAUCUCUCUUAUGUUGAUAUUAUAUGAACAGUAAACGGUUUUUAGCGACCAACUCCUUAAGUAAUAGUUUUACCUAAUCAACUGGCUGAAUUAUACUUGAAAUCGUUUUACUCUUCCUUCUUUAGGUUUAUGGAACACCGAACCCAGCCACUCCCGGGGGAUACGGAGGACCGUACACUCCCAAUACCCCAGGGGGAGGCAUGUACGGCUCAGAACCAAGCUAUUCUCCUUACACUCAGUCCCCAUCUCCCGCUGGAUACGGUAACCCAAUGACCCCCGGUAGUAUAGCCCCGGUAUCCCCGGCAUUUAACCCGCUUACCCCAGGGACAGGUAUGGAGGAGACACACGCUGGAGGAGACUGGGUCACCACAGACAUAGAAGUGCGAAUCAACGAAAAUCACGAGGUAAGCUUAGUUAUUUUAACGAUAUAAGCACAGGUAACCCAGGCUCCAGGCCACCUUGUCUGAGUCAUAGUUUCGCGCAUGUUGAUAACUUGACGAACGUCAGUAGACUUUACUUCGAGGUACGCUACGUUUAUUCAGAUGGCGCCGAGUAUAUCCCGCAAAUAGUGCAUCACACAGGUUACAUUGAAACUUAUAAACAACACAUUGUUGAUGGGCACAAGCAGAAAUCAUUUGCCGUCGUUUACAAACACUUUUUAAAAUUAAUGAACACAAUGCCACAACACCAACGUGCCUUCUGAAGCAGUUCCAUACACUUGCAUAAUUUGUUACUUAGAUACUCUUGAUAAUGGCGUUACGAAAACGCCGAAACGUCGAAUUUUUUACGCUGUUAUUUAUUUGUUUCUGUUUCACUAAAUCACUGUUGAUCAGAAUUUUAUUUAUAGAGGAUAUUACCUGCCCGCGCGUGGAUACGAGUUUUAUCUUCGAGUGUUCAACUCGAGUGAGAUAUAGAGUUGAACACGAGAAGAUAAAAUUCGUACGCACAAGCAGGCAUGUAAUAUUCUGUUCAUUAUAUAGACACCGAGGGCGAGAUGCUGUGAUGGUCUUUUCCUAUUGGCUGAGACUGAAGUAGCCAUGACAACCGCGAUAUCUUCACAUGUGAAGGAUAAAACUUGUAUCUUCACUGGAUACCAAAUUUUCGUCACUGGAAAAAUCUUGGUAUUUCAUCGGUGUCUCUAAUAUAAUAAAUUCAUUUAUUUCUUAUUGCCGCCUUACGAAAUCUCGAAAGAAGUUUUUCGAAGUUCAUUCUAUCACUUGUUUAAUCUUAAUGAUCACGUGUAUUCCACGUGGUUUGUUUCCAGGAUCCUAAGCUAAUGGACAAGAAAGGUGUAGUACGUACUGUCGCUGGAGGAACCUGCACAGUCUAUUUAUACGACGAAAAGCGUGACGUCAGUGUCUCUAUUCACAACGUGGAUCCUGGUGAACCAGUUAAACAGGAUAAGGUAACCUGUACAUCUUGUUUGACUAUUUAUCUCCAGUUAACGUUAUUAGUUCCUCCGUCAAUCAGUGGUGACAGCCCCACCCUUAUAGCAGAGCCUUUCUUUCGCUUCCUCAAAUUUGGCUUACUUGAGCAAGACUCUGCAUGAAUCGAGUAAGAUCUUUGUUGAGCAUGCGCUGCAUGUUGCUAGGAGACAGUUUUGAACCCAGCCGUAAUAACCAUGCUCUUGGUACAACAGGCUCAGUAAUGACCAUCGGUUUAUCAAUAAAUGGAUGCUCGCACUCGAAAAAACUGGUUUGACGGGGGAAAACAAGAUUGAAUAGUCCAGAAUUCCGGGCUGCGGUGACGUCAAAGGCUUGACGUGAUUCAGGCAGAGCCUCCUUUUCUCCUCCUCAAUCAAGAAGAAGACAAAAGGAUGCUAUGCUCGCAUGGUGUGACCGCAGCCCCCAAAUAGUAUUUUAGGCUUGAGCCAUAGGUUCGUUUCCUUUUGAGGGACAUCUUUUCCGUCGUAAUUUUUCCUAGUAAUCGCGGUUCCAUUUUCUUAGCUUGAGUCCAGUUCUCACAGUGACACUUGCGUUCUGUUUUGCAGGUCAAAGUGAUUUUAGGAGACGACCGCGAGCGCACAGGGACCCUUAUCAACAUCGACGAUCCUGAUGGAAUUAUUAAAAUGGAUCAAACGGACCAACUCAAGAUUCUACCGCUAAAAUAUCUCGCUAAAAUGGGGCCCACGAAUAUUUAGAUUCUUUUGAGCAAUUGUCGUUUUGUUCUGGUCAUUCAAAAAAAUUAAUGGCGAACUUUGCACCAGUUAAGUGACGCUUUAGAGGCGUUACGAUAGACAGAAAACAUUGAUAGCGUUUCUUUACAGCAAAGAGGCUUCGUAACAGCUGUCUAGUUUCACACCUAACUAGAGUAUCACAGGAAUCCAAUUACGAUUAUGCUUUUUAAAAAUCGCCACAAGGAUCCAGGAAACGUUUUGUGAAGCUUUCAGGCUGAUUUGAAGAAUGUUCGGUUCUUUUAGUUUAAAGUUGUUUAAAAUUAGCAAUAAAAUAUGUCAUUGUAGUCGAGAAAAGUGUUACAAUGCAUCCCUCUUCCGCUAUCGCGCAACCUUGUG